AUGUCACGGAAUAAUAGCAAGCCUGACAAAAGAAAAGUAAUAAUCGAGCAAUGGUGGGUUAGGCAUAAAUUAGCACAAACUGAUGAAGGGAAAUUAUCUCAAAUAUUUGUAAAAAUCGAUUCGUGCACUGAUUACUAUCCUGGUAUCCGGUCUACAUCGAUUCAAAUGUUAGAUCCGACAACGUUUUAUAAAAUUUUAUAUUUGACAAAAAUCGACCAAUCCUAUCACUUGAUUAAUCUAGUCCUCACUAGAGUUCUCGCUAACACAAAUGUCUUUAACGUUUUAACAACGCAGGAAUCUAACAUAAAAGGCGCAAAGUCCACCACCAUUUUAUAG